AUGACAAAGAAAAAGAUUAAGGAUAGAGUUAUUUUGGGAAACCCAAGUGCUAGUCCAGAGUGUGUUAUUCCAAAUAUGGAUGUUAUUGAUGCUAGUCCAGUUUCUUUUGCACCCCCUUUGGGUACAUUAGAAGGACCAUCAAAACCUGUUUCUGGCAAACAUAAAGAUAUAAAUGAAGAAGCAAUCUCAGUAGUGGAUGUCAAAGGAAAGAGACAAAUGAAGUUUUCUUAUGUUUAUAAGUCACCAUUUAAGGAAAGGUUGAUUGAUUUUAAACCUAGUUUGAUACAAGUAGAAAAUGUUGUUUGUGAAUGGCUUUUCAGUCUUCAAGGAAAUCCAGGUGUUCUUGACUCAUGGUCUCGUAUACUAUAUCAUGAAGAGAAAUUCAGAGGUGUUAAUUCUCCACUGAGACUGUUCAUGAAUUCUAACACUACUUUGUUAGUUGAAUAUACACAUUUGAAUGAAACUGGAAAAUAUAAAGUUUUCAAUGAGAGCUUUUCUCGCAGUGUUUGUGGUGAUAGAGACUUGAAGCAUGAGCACAUAUAUCUUAUUGUUAUGAAUUUGAAGAAACGUGCUUUUGAGGUUAUUGAUAAUGGUGCAGAUGAUGUUGAUUUCGAUGAUAAGUAUGGUGCAGUGUUUAAACUUCUUAAAAAGUCUUUUUUGAAGUAUCUAAAAGAGAUCGGUCAUGUUAAAGCAAAUGAAAUGGCUGAUAAUAGUAUUACUCUAGUAAGAUUUACAAUGUCAUGGAGGACAGUUUAUAACUAA